AUGUCUGCGCUUCUCAGUCACUUCGAAGACUUCUACUUCAGCAGUCAAUAUUGGGAAUAUUGGGAAUUUCUAGUACAUUCUUCAUUCACAGCGCUCAUGGCUCACGUGUUCGAGCAUCACCUGGUGACAAUAUGCACAGUCGUCCUUUUGUCCGUUGCUGUCGCACUAGGAAUAAUUCUUUUUUAUAGAAAAAUAAAGAGCAAAGUGGACGUUGUGCGAGCGCGAAUGCUCGGUACUUCGAGGCCCCGCUUUCGUAAGAGGGACAAGGUGCUGUUUUACGGGCGCAAAAUGUUGAGAAAGGUGAACUUCCUUACAAAUCAAGCCACGAGUGGGAGGACGCGACAAAAAAACAGACAAAUGGUGCUGCGCUUCGCAAAAAGGCUGCUGCGCCUAAAGAGGGACCAGCCACCAACACUGCAAGUCAAGGAACCAUCACAGGCAUUCCUUGAGGAAGACUACACUGAACAAAUGGAGAAGCGCCUACCCCCAGAUGUCAUUUAUAUGUUGCGAAGUAUACGGGUGUUUGGUUUCUUUGAGAAACCCUUGUUUAUGGAGCUAUGGAAGCACAUUGAAACACUGUUUGUGCCCCGGGGCACUAUGCUUUUCUCACUUGGCGACAGUGAUGACAGCAUCUAUGUGGUGCAGUCGGGCCGCAUCCACGUUCACAUCGUUGAGCCUGACGGGACUGAGCUUACAUUCAAAGAGGUGACAGCUGGUGAGAACAUUGCAAGUCUGCUGAGUGCACUUGUUGUGCUAACCGGUGUCCCAUCCACAUUUAAGACGGUUGCAGCUCGUGCCCUUGAGGACUCCUCGGUCUUGAGGCUUCGGUAUGACAGCUUCCGCAUCCUGCUUACGAAGUACCCAGAUUCGAUGAUCCGCCUCUGUCAGAUAGUCAUGAUUCGUCUGCAUCGUGUCACCGUCACAGCUCUUCACAACUAUCUUGGCCUCACCACGCAGCUAAUGCGCUCGUCAAGUGGAGGCAGACGGGCACCUGCAUUGUCACCUAAGUCAAGUCCGUGUCGAACCCCCAGCCGUAAGCUGAGCCAUGCCAAGGAUUCUUCCAUACCUAUUGCACCACUUUCCACAGGUGUGCUAGGGGAGCUUAUAGUGCCCGAGGAAUAUGGCCAAGGUAUCGCUCCUGAAGCAGGGUCGUUCCACCCUUCAGAUGAGGCUACUGAAUCUGAAAAGUUUGUCAAUGAAGAUCCUACUGGUGCAGCUACAUUCAAAACGUCUUCAUCAAGCCGAAAGAUGUCUGCAGUGUCUGAUGCACCUGGAUCACGCAAGUCGACUCGAAAAGCUUCCUUUGUGGUUGGCGAGGGUUCCCGGACUUCCUCAUCAGUUCAAGAGUACAAUGAUUACAUUGAAGCAGCUGUCCAAGGUUUCGUGAGCAGGCUGGACAUUGAGGAUGAGGAGAUGAUUCGGAACAUGAUUGCAGUAAAGGAGUUUCAGCCAGGAGAGUACUUGAGCAAGGAGGAUUCGGGCGAGCCAGCUUCCCUCUUCUUCAUUCUUUCGGGAUAUGUGGCCGUCUCCCAGAAGACAUCUGCCAAGGACACUGAUGACAUGCUGUACAUUGCUCAUGUGGGCGACAUCACAGGCGCCCUGGAGGUGCUGACAGGCGAGUCGCCCAUCUUCUCCCGCAAAGCCAAGGUAGCAUCUCGUGUGGCCUUCCUGACAUCCACACAGUGCUACGAGAUUCUGCGUAUGAACCCCACAGCGGUGUUGUUCAUGGCACGGUCUGUGAUUGAACGGCUAUCACCUUUCGUGCGCCAGAUUGACUUUGCCUUGGAGUGGGUCUACAUUGAGUCUGGCCGAGCUGUAUAUAGGCAAGACGACAAGGCUGAGUCUACAGCCAUUGUGCUCAGUGGACGUCUCCGUUCUGUGCUGACGAGGGCUGAUGGCAAACGGGAAAUGGUGGGGGAGUACGGCCGAGGGGACCUUGUUGGAGUAGUAGAGCUCCUAACUGGAGCCAAAAGGGCAACUACUGUCAUGGCAGUAAGGGAUACCGAGCUGGCUAAACUUCCAGAGGGACUUUUGAACGUUAUCAAGAUCAAGUACCCUGUGGUGGUAACCCGACUUAUUCACCUUCUUGGCCACCGGCUUCUGGGUAGCCUGCAAAAAGGUGAUACUGUUAAAGCUGCUUCCAUGAUCUCCCGGCCAACGGGAUCCAACUUCACCACUAUUGCAGCGUUGGCUGUCAAUGAGGAUGUGCCACUUUCUACAUUUACACUGGAACUCUGCCAUGCACUUCGCAGCAUAGGACCAGUGUUUCGGCUGACUUCCGAUUACAUCAAGAAGCAACUUGGGGCUUCUGCACUUGACACAGCCAAUGAGUACCGCCUGUGCAACUGGUUGGGUCAGCAGGAGGACCGCAACAGAGUGCUUCUGUACCAGUGUGACAGCCAGAUGAGCUCAUGGACACAACGCUGUAUCCGGCAGGCAGACUGCAUACUCAUUGUGGCCCUCGCAGAUCAGGAACCGCUUGUUGGGCAGCUGGAGAAGCAGGCAGAAAACAUAGCACAGCGGACCCAGAAAGAGCUUGUUCUCCUGCACAGGGAUGGUGCAGACAAGCCACGCAAUACAGUAGCCUGGCUAAACAUGCGCUCCUGGUGUUCCUCUCACCAUCACAUUCGAUGCCCUAAACGCAUGUUCAUGCGCCACUCACCUUCUCGAAUUAUGGAGGUGUACAAGAAAGUUCAAGAAGGAACUGUGAAUGUACACUCGGACUUUGCCCGCCUGGCACGGUUCCUCACUGGGACAUCAAUUGGCCUUGUGUUGGGAGGUGGGGGAGCCAGGGGCUGUGCACACGUAGGCAUGAUUCGAGCCAUCUACGAGGCAGGCAUCCCCAUCGACAUGGUUGGUGGUGUGAGCAUUGGAGCAUUGGUUGGUGCCCUUUGGUGCCAAGAGGUAGAUGUCAUCACCCUCGUCCAAAAAGGCCGCCACUGGUCAAAGAGAAUGACAUCGCCUUGGAGUCAGCUGUGGGACCUUACCUACCCUAUCACUGCCUGGUUCACUGGAGCGGCAUUCAACCAGACUAUCUAUGAUCUGUUUGGGGACCGCCAGAUCGAGGACCUGUGGCUGCCUUACUUCACUGUCACCACCGACAUUACCAGCAGCUGCAUGCGCAUCCAUCGGCAUGGCAAGUAGUGCACCCCAAUGUGAUGUGGCAGCCCCACCACCAUCAGCUUGUGGAGAAUGCAAGGUACGCACAGCAGAGAAUUAGGCCAGCUCUGGAACGAUGCAGCUGCAACCCUGUCACCAUCUUCAUCUCCUCUGAGCAUGUGUUGUGACUUAGAACCUGUAAAUAAAUGAAAGACUGUCCAACCCACCUCGCCAUCACCACAGUAGUAUUAAAAAGUACGUCCUGCAAAGCAUUCCUGUGUAAAAUUGGAUUGUGUAUGAGUCAGGUGUUUCAGCCAUAAGUAUAACAAGAAGUAUACCUGGCAUUUCCUAUUCCUGCAGCUCUCUCUAGAUGUUCUGUUCGUCAGUCUAAUUAUUUGAGCAUUCACUAUUCAAUUUGUAUUUGUGUUUUUGCACACCCCUAAUGGUAAUUACUGCUUUGGGGACCUGAUAUUUUUUAUUUUUUAUGGGCCUAUCAAAUGUACUUUAGCUCAAAUGUACGUUAGCAGAGCUUACUGUAUAUAGUUAUAAUAGUUACUGUAUAUAUACAGUCGAAUCUCGUUAAUUCGAAAACACUUAAUCUGAACUUCCGGUUUAUUCGAACUAAUGCUGUGGUCCUGUCAAGGUUAUGUGUAUUCCAAUGGGCAAUCGCAAAUGACCAAGCAUUUGCGAUUGUUAAUUUGAACAUACCGCGCUCCGACAGUAAUCUCAGCAGCACGCCAAAUCACCCGGUGACGCCUCUGACCAGCGCUGCUCUUACCCCGCCAUAGAGGAAAAGUUAAAAAAGAAAGAAAAAAAAGGGGGGGGAAACGUAACGAAAAUUUCACCCUCUCUCAAAUUGCAAGGUUGCCGUCUCUGCGUCGUAAGGCCCCAGCUGCACUAGCGGCAAAAUGCACGCAUCAGAAAAGAUCGGUCCUGGGCUGAGUGUUGGCCGGCGUGGGCAGUUUCGUGGCACUCGCUCACUGUGUGCUUGCAUGCCGCGAUAUUGCCCACUUGCACUGUUCGUGCAUUGUGCUAUGGUGCACGAAUACUUCAAGAAGAAGUCCUUCUUUUAACUCAAACAAAUUUUCGGGCCCCUUCGAGUUUAAAUUAUCGAGAUUCGACUAGUUAUAUAUAGGUUGAUGUUCAAUUCAUUUCUACUCACUUUGCUACUUUAAAAAUGCACUUAGGUUGUUGUUGCAUCAAGCAUGGCUAAAUAUAUAUACAGGUAGCCAUGAUCAAAUAUGUGUGACAGUAGUCUCCAGGAAAGUAGAGUGCUUUGCAAUGGCAGCAGUGUCAUGGUGAAAGCUGUUAAUUCUUGACUCGCCUGGUGUAAAAAUAAAGUUUAAAAUAUUGUGGUUUUGGUAGCAACUUCUAGGUUGCAGCCACUUUGCUGAGAUAUGCAUGAGGAAGGUGGGUGAUUAAGCAAGCUGUAGAAGAAACUUGUGGAAAAGGGAGCACAGUAGCGGAGAGCAAGAGCUUUCGAGGAAGAUCCUGCAUUUCAGUGAGAAAUUCGGACAUCAUGUGAAUGGGAAGAAUAGGUGAAUGUAAUGUAGUGGUGCAAUUCUGAGCCUAUUUGAGGGUGUUCAUGAUGUAUGCCUGCUGUGAUUUUUGAGGAAGCUGAUGGAUACUUGAAUUUGUCUAAGAAAUGAUUUGUACAUGAGUAACUGGUUGGAGUGUGGAAAUAUUCAAAACUUUCAAAUGGCAAAUUGAUUGUUGCCCUAUUCAAUUCAGUCUUUGAAUCAACCAUUCAUUAUUCGUAAGUGCGAGUAUUUUUCAAGUAGUUUUCUAAUACUUCAAAUCACCACUGGUGUGAUAAAUUUCAACCCAGUGGCCUUAUUAGACAAAACACGAGAAGUUUCAUAGUGGAGCAUGCUCUCUGUCACUCAGGAAUAUACUUUUCUGGUUGAACCACUAUCAUUCGUACUCGCCAAUGAGUCCCGACUAUUUGAAUAAAUUGCUUGUUUGCUCCUUAUGCUCCAUUUGUGCUUUUCAUAACCAACACUUCAUAACAUGUUAUUACACUUCAUAACAUGAAGUGUAAUAACAGAAG